CGUUUAUACCACAAGGUUAUCCUUGAAUGAGGUGAGAAAGAGUCACAGAAGAAAGCUGCAGGCUUGGUCUUAUAGGGCCUGGACAACAAUGGGUUUCUAGGGUGUAAGCUGUCGAAACACACAACAGCAAAGCUCAAUGAGACUUCGCUCUGUCGCUACUUCAGCGAAACUCAGACAGAGAUGAGGCUGGAAUAACAAGUGAUGGAGAAAAUGGAGGCAGAAGAAGCAAAAGAGGAGACUGGGACUAGUUUCUUAUACCAGAUGAGGAAGGAAAAGAUGGAGGAAGAUGUGAAGGUCGUGCUGCAGCAGCUGACAAUGGUAGCCCAAGUCCCCAGUGAUGCUGCUGAUAGAACAGAACUGGGAGCUCGUUAUGAAAAUCUCAUCACUCAGUUAACUAAACAGCACAGGCUGGGUUGUGGGAUCACAGGGUUGCUGCUCAUUUAUCCCACCUGUCUGCUGCACAUCAUUGAGGCAUCUGAAUAUCUGCUGGAUUGUUUUUUGAACGAACUCCGAGCCAUGCAGGAGCAGCCGGACUGCAAAUUGCUGGAAGCUAAGGUCGCCUUCAUGUGGCAUAGUCUGGAAGGCAGACAGUUCCAGCAAUGGAGCUACAAGGUGCUGACUGCAGAUCAGAUAAAUCAGAACCUGCUGUUCACCACGCUUGAAAAAGUGGAGGAGAGCGUAGAGACGGUGGUCUGCCGCGUCCUGACGCAGUUGCAGGAGCUGGUUAUGCAUUUAAAAACUUCUAAGGAACUUCCAGGCGCCAUCUUGGAUAACAAACCAGAGUUGUUGAAUCCUCCGGCGGUUUUGGAGCAGCUUUUGGACCGAGAUGAACUUUUAAGUCCUCAGCAGUACCUGCAGAUGUACCACAGCCCCUUAAACAUUUGCAUUGACUUUGGACAAGUCAAUCUCAGAUCCUUCUUCUAGAGCUUCCAGCUGUCUCCGUCUGUCUGAGCGCCAUGAAAAACAUCCAGUUCACAGUGAAUGUUUGUGUUUAAAAUGAGAGAGCAUGUUGGAAACUUAACUUAAUAAAUGUAACACUGUUUUUAAAUCACA